UUAGUUAGAAAAUAUAUAAUGAAUGAAUAAAUGCAAUGUAAUAAUUACCAUAAUUAUAUAAUUUUGAUGAUAAGAGUUUUAAUAAAAUAUGGUGCAGCUUAAUAAAAAAUGGUGACAUUCUUUUUUAAAAAUAAAGAUAAUUCAUUAACAAAAGUAACAGGGUAGAUAGGAUAGAAUUUAUUAUAAAUAGCUCAUAAAAAUGAGAUAGAUUUAGAAGGUGCAUGUGAAUAAUCAUUAGCAUGUUCAACCUGUCAUGUAAUAUUACCAAGUAAUAGAAAUGAAUAUAGAUAUAGAAUAACUAUAUGAUAAAUUAUCUUAGCCUAUAGCUGAGGAAGAAGAUUUAUUAGAUUUGGCAUAUGGAUUGACAGAAACAUCUAGAUUAGGUUGUUAAGUAUAAAUAGAUGAGAGAUUUGAGAAUGUAGUAAUAUAAUUACCAAAAGCAACAAGGAAUUUUUAUGUAGAUGGUCAUAAACCAAAACCUCAUUGA